GCCUUGUACUAGGUUUGCAGUCAGCAGAAGGAAGGAAAGACAGAGUCAGCUUCCCCAGGACUAUAAGCAGUAAUGGACCUCAAACACAGUCGUUCUGUGAAACUGAAUGAUGGGCAUUUCAUGCCAGUGCUUGCAUUUGGCACUCUUGCUUCUGAUGAUGUUCCUAAGAGCAAGGCUGCUGAGGCCACCAAAAUGGCAAUUGAUGUAGGUUUCCGUCACAUCGACGCGGCAUACGUCUAUCAAAACGAGAAGGAGGUUGGCCAGGCCAUUCGAGACAAAAUCGCGGAUGGCACUGUGAAGAGAGAGGACAUAUUCUACACCACCAAGCUUUGGGCUACUUUCCUUCGACCAGAACUGGUUCGACCAGCCCUGGAAAGAUCACUGAAGAAUCUUCAACUGGACUAUGUAGAUCUCUUCAUCAUUCAUAUUCCAACAGCAAUGAAGCCUGGAGAGGACCUUAUACCAAAGGAUGUCAGUGGGAAAGUUAUUUUAGAUACAGUGGACUUACGUGACACGUGGGAGGCCCUGGAGAAGUGUAAGGAUGCAGGUUUAACCAAGUCCAUUGGGGUGUCCAAUUUCAAUCACAAACUGCUGGAGAUGAUCCUGAACAAGCCAGGGCUCAAGUACAAGCCUGUCUGCAACCAGGUGGAAUGUCACCCGUACCUCAACCAGAGCAAACUGCUGGAGUUCUGCAAGUCCAAGGACAUUGUUCUUGUUGCUUACAGUGCCCUGGGGUCCCAAAGAGACCCUACCUGGGUGGAAAAGGAUAGCCCCAUUCUCUUGGAGGAUCCAAUUAUGAAUGCCAUUGCCAAGAAACACAGCAGAAAUCCAGGGCAAGUGGCCCUGCGCUACCAAGUGCAGAGAGGGGUGGUGGUCCUGGCCAAGAGCUUCAAUGAGAAGAGAAUCAAAGAGAACUUCCAGAUUUUUGACUUUGAACUGACUCCAGAAGACAUUAAAGCAAUUGAUGGCCUCAACAGAAAUUUCCGUUUUUUUCAACUACUAAUGAGAAAACAUGGCUAUGCUCAUAAUGAACAUGUAAUAAUGACUGCACCCUGGACCCUAUUCAUUUUUGUCCUAACACAAUUGUGAAAUGUAACAUGAACAGUUUCUUCAUGGAGGAGAGGGCCCAUGAAGUGUUGUUGAUCACCCUUAUUAUCCAUUUUCUGAAGAAUAUUGACCAUCAGCUAUCUAACAUGAGUUGUAGCAGAAUCUCCUGCUUCUAGGGGUGUGAAGAAGAUUUCUGCACUUGGAGGUGAUUAAAAGCAGUUCUGUAGAUUCAGGCUACCUGCCUGUCUUCUUUAAAACUUUUUUUUUUAAUUUUAGGAAACAAUAAAAACAUUAGAAAUAA